UCUAGAGUUAUCGAUUAUUACAGUGUUAAUAACUGUAACAAUGAGAACAGUACCGAAAUGGGUGAAUAAAAUUCACGAAGCCGAUAAAAUAGAAUUUUCCAGUGUCCACACGAUAUGCUACAGUCCAGAUGGUACUCAACUGGUAAUUGGUGCUGGCGAAAAAGUUAUGGUUUAUGAUCCCAGAGAUGGGUCUUUGGUCCAAUUACUUCAGGCUCACAAAGGCGCGGUGCACGCCGUAGCUUACUGUGGUGACGGGAAAAAAUUUGCAAGCGGCAGCGCCGAUAAAAAUGUUAUCAUAUGGACGUCAAAAAUGGAAGGAGUGCUCAAAUAUUCGCACAGUGAAGCGAUUCAAUGUCUAGCAUAUAAUCCUGUUACAUAUCAUUUGGCAUCAUGUGCACUCUCGGACUUUGCAUUUUGGUCAGCGGAAGUGAAGGCAGUGCAGAAGUAUCGAAUGACAGGACGCAUCACAAGCUGUGCUUGGGCCCCCAAUGGCCAGUACUUAGCUGUUGGGCUCGCCACUGGUGCUGUUUCAAUAAGAGAUAAAGUUGGUGAUGAAAUAAGAAGGAUAACGAGAGAAGCCGCAGUGUGGGCUGUGAAUUUUACCAAAACAUGUCUUAUUGUCUCGGAUUGGAAUGAGACUUUGUCAUUUUAUAAUGUACAGGGACAACAAAUACUUAAAGAAAGGAACAUAGGUAUAGCAGCACUAUCAGUGUCAAUGCUUGGCGAAUUAAUACUGGUGGGAGGUGUUGGAGGAUGGGCAGUGCUCACUUCUGAAGGUGUGCCCAUUCUUAACACGCCUCAAUGGGUCUGGUCCAUCACUCCAUCACCGUCCCUUGCUACACUUGCAGUGGGUUGCCAGGAUGGCACUCUAUGGUGCUACCAAACCGUGUUCAGCACAGUGCACGGGCUGUACCGCGAGCGGUACGCCUACCGCGAGAACAUGACCGACGUCAUCAUACAGCACCUCACCACCGGCACCAAGGUGCGCAUCAAGUGCCACGACAGGGUGCAAAAGAUCGCCAUAUACAAACAUCGAUUAGCGGUGCAACUGCCGGAGCGUGUGGUGGUAUACGAGCAAGGCGACGUGGAGGGCAUGCUGUACCGGGUGAAGGAGAAGCUGCCGCAGAAGACCGAGUGCUCGCUGCUGGUGGCCACCAGCGACGCGCUGCUGCUGUGCCAGGACACCAAACUAUCAAUUAUUGGAAGGCGGAUACCAAAGACAUGGACAGUACCAUCACCGAUUCGUUACGUCAAAGUUACCACCUUGUAUUUUGAAGAAGUAUUAUUACUGGGCCUGUUAAAUGGACAAAUAUGGCAAGUGGAGCCGCGCGGCGGAGGCUGCAAGCUGGUGCUGUCGACGCCGGGCAGCGUGCGGUGCCUGGACGUGAGCGCGGCGCGCGCGCGGCUCGCCGUCGUCGACGACGCGUCCGUCGCGCGCGUCUACAGCCUGCCCACCGCCGAGCUCAUCUACACGGAAGAGAACGUGUCAUCGGUGUCAUGGAACUCGUGGUGCGACGAGUUACUAGCGCUGUCUGGCGGCGGGCUGCUCGCCGUGAAAGCGGCCCACUUCCCGCCCGCCACGCAGCCGCUGCUCGGCUCCGUGGUCGGCUUCCAGGGUGGUCGAGUGUUCUGCCUACAGUCUAACUCGAUGCAAACAAUUAACGUACCGCUCUCACACGCCGUUCACCAGUACGUGCAGCAGAAAAUGUUCAAUGAGGCGUACGCAGUGGCGUGUCUCGGCGUGACGCCGCUGGACUGGGAGCGGCUCGGCGAAGCCGCUUUGGAGGAGCUGGCGUUCGAAGUCGCCCGCAAGGCCUUCCAGCGCAGCGAGAACCUCAUCUUCCUCUCGCUCAUCGACCACCUACAGGAGCGGUUUGAGGCAGGCGAGAAGCGCGCAGUAAUCGUUGGCGAGGUGUUGGCUUACCGCGGGCACUACGGCGACGCGGCGCGUGCCUUCCGGGGCGCGGGCCGCGAUGACCGCGCGCUGGACCUGUACGUAGAUCUAAGGAUGUUCAACAAGGCCCAGGAGUUCGUGGGAGAAGGCGAGGGCGGUGCGGCGCUGGCGCGGCGGCGCGCCGAGUGGGCGCGGCACGUGAGCGAGCCGCGCGCCGCCGCAGAGAUGUACCUGGCGGCCGGUGACGUGCGCCGCGCGGCGCAGCUCAUGGCCGAGAGUGGCCGCAGGGACAUGUUGAUAGAGCUAGCACGCAAGCUGGACAAAGGUUCAAGCGAGUCUCUGCGAUACGUGGCUGAGGCCCUGGCUACGGCAGGCGAGCCCGCGGCCGCGGCGGACGUGUACCAGCGACUUGGCGACUACAGGAAAGUAGCGCAGCUGGCAGUGGCGGCGGGCGAGUGGCAGCGCGCGUUCGCUCUCGCGCGCGAGCACGCCGAGUGCCGCCGCGACGUGUUCCUGCCGCACGCGCACCGCAUGGCGCGCGAGAGCAAAUUCGUCGAAGCGCAGAAGGCGUACCACAUGGGCGGCGAGUUGGAUACGGCGCGGCGGGUGUUCUCUAUCCUCGUGAACAACGCCGUGGCCGAGGAGCGGUUCGGCGACGCGGGCUACCUGCACCACCUGCUGGCCGCGCAGUGCCUCGAGACGGCCGCCGCCGCGCACGGCAGGGACCAGGAGCGCAGCAUGCGCGAAUACACCCACAACUGGGUGCUGGCGCGCGUGUACCACGCGUACGAGUCCGUGCACCGCUGCGUGCACGAGCCGUUCUCGCUCAGCCAGCCCGAGGCGCUGCUCAACGCGGCCCGCCUCGUGCUGGCGCUCGUCGCCGACCGCCCGCCGCCCGGCGUCUCCAUGUUCUGUUUAUAUUUAUGUCUCGCUAAGCAAGCGAAGACCCUCAACGCCCAUUCGCUCGCUCGGCAAAUGUUGGACAAGAUCUUGGCUCUACAAAUACCACAAAAAUUUCAGGAGAGCGUAGAGCUGUUGAUCCUGAAGAGCCGAGCGGGCGGCACGUCGGACGGCCGCGACGACGACGUGUCCCCGCUGUGCUGGCGCUGCCGCCGCCACGCCGCUCCCACGCCGUCGCCGCGCUGUCUACACUGCAAGCACACGCCUGCGUACUCACUGCCUUCGCACGAUGUACUGCCUCUAGUGCAGUUCGUGCCAGCGGAGGGCAUAUCGUACGAAGAAGCCUUGGAGCUCAUAGAACGUACGUCACUACCCGACACUGACGCGCAGGAGGACACGGGCGGCGCCGAGGUGCUCCGGAUAAACCACGACCUCGACGACGCGGACCCCUUCCUCGACAAGUUUGAUGAGGAAGAAGAGGGCGGGCCGGUGGUGUGUUCCCGCAGCGCGCUGCUGCGCCUCAGCCCGGCGAGCGUGGUGGUGGUACGCGCGGGCGCGGACGCGGGCGCGGGCGCGGACGCGGGCGCGGACCGCGCGGGCCUGCCGCCGCCGCUGCUUUACCGCAACAUGCUGCCCGAGCUGCCCGUCAUACCCUGCCCGCACUGCGGUUCCUUGUUCUACCUGGAGGACUACGAGGUGGUGUUGGUGACGAAGGGCCAGUGCCCGUUCUGCCGGCAGGCCGGCGAGCGAGGCCCGCGCGAGCCCGACUCCGCACCCGCCACGCCGCCUAGCGAAGCCGCUGCCAUCGACUCCUGGCGAUAACAUCCCCUAUGCCCACUAUGCCCCCUCCUACUUGUCCCCCACCCACAGGUAAUUCUUUUAUUUUCAUUCCAACCUUCCUGCGAUACAAACAAGAUUAGGCCUGAUUUAGACGGCGUGCGAACUCGCGAUUCGAUUUUAAUUACAUUGCGCGCUGUUGAAGUUACGUACAAAUUUGCACAGUCAUCAAAUACAUGAUAAAACUUGUAUGCUAAUUCUCGUACCGUCUAAAUCGGCGGCGGAUCUAACGACCAUCCUAGCUAAAUUGGUUUAAGUAUGACUUAAGUUACGGAAUGUCCAAUUUGGAUCUAUAUAGCCUUAACUGGCUCCAAAAUGUUAUACAUUAAGUAAGACUGGUCAAAGAAAGUAAUACGUCAAAUAAUUAUGUGUUUAUUAUACGUCUGCCAUCCAAUUGGUUUCAUAAAAUCACUUAAUGAUUCUGAAUUUGUGACGGUAUCAGGAAUACAACAUGAUUUAGUUAUCUUAUAAGAUUCAAGGUUCAUUAUCAUCAUUCUCUUGUCCUCUUCCCAUUAUUUGGGGUCGGCGCAGCAGAUUUUCCUUCUCCAUUCCUCUCUAUCAGCCGUCAUUUCCAUACUAACACAUUCCAUACUAACUCAUAUUCCAUCACACAUUCCAUCCAUCUUUUCUCAGGCCUUCCACAACCGUUAUAAGAUUCAAGGGUAUGUAACCUUAUUAAUUAGCUGUGCCCUGGUUGAUCAAAUUUACCUGUACCUAUCUUUGGGUUGAUCAGUUAAUACCUAAGGCCUACUUGAGAAUGUCGGCCCAUGUCGAUUACUCGUAGUUUGUGCUACGGAGUAUGAAACUGUUUUAAAAUAUGGUAGCGUAAUAAAUGUUGGUCAAUACAUUCAAAAGAUGUCAGUUAGGCAGGAUUACUAUAAACAUCAUUAUUAAAACGCAUUCCUCCCAUGUUAUUUAAAGUGGUAGAGAGAGAAAAAGAGAAGGCCAGUGCCAUUUACUGUGUUUUCACAUUAUCCGAUCCGAUAUCAGAUGUAGGACCGAUAUCCAAUAUAUUUCAGCCGCCACCUUUGAUUUUUGCGUUUGAAAUCGGAAUUGUGUUUGA